AUGGAUCAUUCUAAUACCUAUUCGAAAUCAACAGCAUUUUCAUCGUUUACACCCAUUUGUACUAACGAGCGUUCAUCUACAACUACCUAUGGUGAAGGAUGUGUUUAUACAGGUCCUUUACCUGCACAAUACCAUGAAACUCAAGCGAAAUCGAUUCAAGAGUUAUCAAAAAAUGCGUCCUCUCAAGCCGAUAGCCAACAGUCGUCGACAUCCCAAUCAUCAAGUACAAAUAACCUAUCUCUAUCAACAUCACCAUCGACGGAAGUCGUGAGUGGAAACAGCACUAUUAAUAACAAUCAGUAUCAAUUUAAAGUGAUGUUACUAGGUGAUAGUGGUGUCGGUAAAACAUGUUUAUUGGUUCGAUUCAAAGAUGGAACAUUCUUAGCAGGAAGUUUUAUUGCCACUGUUGGAAUUGAUUUCCGAAAUAAAUUAGUGACAUUAGGCGAUAAAAAGAUCAAACUACAAAUCUUUGAUACUGCAGGGCAAGAACGUUUCCGUUCGGUCACGCAUUCAUACUAUCGUGAUGCCAACGCAUUACUGUUGCUUUAUGAUGUCACAUCAUAUUCAUCAUUUGAAAAUAUCUCAGCUUGGUUGAGUGAAAUUAAAGAAUUUGCUAAUGACAGUGUGAUUAUAAUGUUAGUUGGGAAUAAAAUUGAUAAAUCUCAACGUGUCGUUUCUCGUGAAGCUGGCGAACGUUUAGCAAGAGAUUAUGAAGUUAGUUUUCUUGAAACAUCAGCUAAAACAGGACAAAAUGUUGAAUUAGCAUUCAUGGCCACGGCACAGGCACUGCUCGAUAAGGAACUGAGUCGGAAAGAUCCUCAGAAUGGACAUUUUACGUUAAAUGAUAUGGUGAAAAUGUCGGGCAUGUCAUUAAUGAAUAACAAUCGAGAUAAUUAUAAUAAUACGACAAGUGGUACGACAGCUAAUGGUUGGUGUUGUUAG